GUUCGUAGGUCCGGCCCGGUCUUUGCCAUGCCAGCUAUUCAUAUUAUUAGUAAUUUACCAUAGCAAACAUUUAAUCGAAUUGUAUCAGUAAGUGCGAGGGCGGCUGGCGCUGGCCGUACCUAAGCUGAGGAAUUGACAAUGUGCGCGCAAGAGAAGGAUGAUGAGAUGCCGGUGGGGUUAGCGUGCGCCCUCGACGAAUUUAUGGACGCAGAUUACGUCAAGGAAACGAUAAACCGACUUGGCGAAGAAGACAUUCCAAUACACGAAGGUAGUUAUUUCGACAAGAUCUACGAAAAGUUCAAGUAUGUGAUCGACCAAUACCAUGAACAGCCACACCUUUUGGAUAAAGAACUACCCAAUAUUGUUAACAUGUCAAUCGCGAUUCUAUCACGUAGCUCGCCUACGAGUGACAGGUUUCAUGGAGUUUGCCGGCUACUGUCACUCAUUAUCAAAACUCGCGGUUAUAAAGUUGUCCGCAAUCUAUUCCCACAUGAGGUGGCCGACAUCGAAAAGGUCCUCGGUUAUAUGGGAGCUCAAAAGCCACAAGACGCAGCCAACUGGCAGACGCAUUAUGUGCUUCUUUUGUGGCUUUCCAUAUUGGCAACAGUACCCUUUGCACUAGAACGCUUUGAUGGCGUAGGGGACCAGCCAACAGUUACAGAACGUUUUCUCGAUAUCUGCCGUACGUAUGUUAGAAGUAGGCUAAAGUGUAAUGUCAUUGCUGCCUAUAUGGCGGGCUGUUUUCUGUCGCGACCUGAUAUCCACGGCCGUUUCAUUAAACCGUAUCUCAACUGGGUCGAAGAAGAGUUGUCAAUAAAUCGGGGAGAAACUGAAGAAUUCGCGCGAGCGGCAGCCUUACUUUCUGUGUGCAGCAUAUUUAAGACCGCGAAACGGGAAGUCCUUCAAGAUCAUUCCUCAGCUGCGCUUAACAUCGCCCUGAAAUGCGCCAACAGUGAUCGAGAAUUCGAACGAAAGCUUGCCCUCAAACUGCUUCAAAGAAUAGGCUUAUGCCAACUGUCUCCUAAUCUGGCGCCGUGGAGAUACCUCAUGAAGAAGCGCGGACUCCUUGGCAAACCAUUGCAGGUUCAAGGUAAUGGUGAAAAUGAAAGCUAUGACGAUGAUGAAGUUCCGGAGGUGAUCGAACAAAUUGUGGACUCACUCCUGACUGGACUUGAAGAUCGAGUGCUUAUUGUACGUUGGUCGGCCGCCAAAGGAAUUGGGCGGCUUGCUUCGAGACUCCCGAAAGACUACGCGUACGACCUGAUUAAUUCGGUCUUCAACCUGUUUGAAGAAAAAGAUCGAGAAAGCUCGUGGCAAGGCGGCUGCAUGGCUCUGGCAGAAUUUGGAAGAAGGGGAGUGCUGUUGCCCCUUCAUUUACCAAAUGUGGUCUCUGUUCUCCUUGAAGCCUUUGUAUAUAACGAAUUGCGUGGCAGCUGUUCUGUAGGCAGUAUCGUGCGCGACACGGCCUGUUAUGUCGCGUGGACCUUAGGAAGAUCGUACGACCCAAAAAUUGUGGAGCCGUUUGUUAAUCAACUAGCUGGCCAACUUUUGUGUUUGGCGAGCUUUGACAGAGAAGUUAACGUGCGCAGGGCUGCCAGCGCUGCCUUCCAAGAGUGUGUUGGGCGAUUGGGCAACUUUCCAAAUGGGAUUGAUCUCGUACGAAUUGCGGACUAUGCCAGCGUCGGGGUCCGGAAUAGGGCCUAUCUUCAGGUCGGCGUUAAAGUGGCAGAAUAUAAAGAAUACACGCGGUGUAUAAUAGAACACUUAGUGCAUAAAAAAAUCACUCAUUGGGAUAGAGCUAUUCGGGAUCUGGCUGCCCUAACCCUCAAAGAGUUGGUUCGAUUAGAACCAAAAUUAUUUUUGCAUACUGUUUAUAGGAGUCUACUUGAGUUCAGUACCAGCAUUGAUAUUAAUGUGCGCCUUGGUUCGUUGCCCGCCCUAGGGCAGAUUACCUUGGCCCUUUGUCGACUCAAUAUCGCCCUUCCAGAAAAUGUGAAACAGCAUUUAACUUACCUGGUAUUAAUGUACAAGGAUGAUCGAUUUUUUUCAUCAUUUAUGCAUAACCAAACACUAGGCAUGUUUUCCGAGAUGAUAUGCUGUCUCGCCGAAUCCCGCUUCACCGUACUACCAUCACGGAUUUUUGAUAUGUGGUGGUAUGUGGGGGAACGGUGUCUUGACAAUCCAGACGUGUCUAUUCAGCGCCAAGGAGUACGCGCGCUAACUUCUAUGCUAAAAUAUCUUGUAGAAGCAGAAUGUGACCAGUGUUCAGUGCUACUCAAAAGAAGUUACGACCAGCUUCAAGGGGAGAGUGUUGAAGCACGAUGCGGGCAUGCACGUUUCCUCGGAGAACUUUCACCGCCAAUAAUUGUACAUCACGCACCCAUGCUAUUUAAAGCGUUACAGCAAGCCACGCAAGGUGAAGGCCACAAACUUGUAGAAGCCAGAAAGGAGGCUCUCAUCGCUUUGGGUAAUAUAUGUCGAGUGCUUUUAAGUAAGGAUAAGAUGACAAAGGUUAACCUGCAAGAGUUCUUGGAGUGCAUACGGUUAGCAAUGGAAGACUACAGUCUUUCGGAGACCUUUUUCGAUGUCGGUCUCUAUGCACGCAUUGCAGCAAUGCACGCCUUCAGAGACCAACUGGUGCACGUUUCACUCAAAGGACAGUUGAAUAUGUUAGAUUCGAAUUUGUAUCGUGUAAUCCUUCAGAAGACUGUUAGCCAUAUUGCGGACGCACAACGCGCUUCGGCAGAAACAGCAAUAAGUGUGUUUAAAACGCUUUUGGAGUCGUGUCCUGAGAUUGUGCCCCACGCUGCAGAGGCCCGUGAAGCCCUUAGUUUGGAAGACAGUAUAGAUAUGUUGGGUGGCCUUCUGCGGUGUGACACUUAUCGUCAGGAUCUUGUUGUACAGUUACUUGUAGCAAUAGGAGCGAAGACAGAAAAAGAGUGCACGAAGGCGCAACUAGCCGCCCUAAAAUAUCUCCAAGAAAUACAGGAUAAUCGAGAAGCGCUGGCGGCCUUCGCAACGACCCUUGCACAGGCUGUAGAGUUUCCACUAUUUCAGAAGAACCGUUUUCUAUUUCCGCCUAUGGCACGCGGGGUAGGUCGUUUGCUAAAUACGGGGGUUCUAGCAAAUGCACCUUCGUCGCCAAUGCUAUCUUUGAUGGACUUCAUUUGGAAAAAUAUUCAAAGAACCAAGGACGUGAAUAAGGUCCUUUCGUCCAUUGAGCUUUUUUGUGAGAUGCUACAAUUCGAAGAAAUCUCUGCUAUAAGCCUCAAGCGCUUGUCAAUUCUUCUUGGACAUAAACAUUUCCCACAGGUUCGAAAACAAACCGCAAGUAAGCUUUACGAAACGCUACUCGUGUAUUCGGCAGCUGUUCCUGAAGAGAACUGCGAGGUCGUUUUGGCGCUGCUAAGUGAUACCGAAUGGGUGUGUGAUGAGCCAGACAAAUUCAGAGAGAUCAGAGCUGUUCGAAACCAUUUGUGUGAUCUUCUGAAUAUACCCCAACCUACGGUCACAAUGAAGAAAUGACGGCCGAGAGUGUCUUACU